CUCAAACCAACAGCACUGAUCAGUUGAAUGUAGUUUUAUUAAACCACGUAGGUCACAUAACAAGUUUAGAAGUUUUAUUAGAUUUUUCGUUUAAUUUAUAGUUAUAAUUUGAAACAAACGACAUUAAACAUGGGUGGAAACGAUACUGGAUUAAAUGCGGUCACUAUUUUGGCGCAUUAUACUGAGUAUAAGGCGAACAAGUUCGGUGUUAAGUCGAACAGUUCGCCGAUCCGAAAUUUUAACAAGAACAAUGUAACUGAUGCGGUCGUUGAAUUAUGUGAGGACUUUGAGCAAAGAUAUGCAAAGUGCUUUGGGGAAAUGUGUAGGGAAUGUGCUAGCAAUAACUUAACUCAGGAGGGUUAUUGGAGCAUUUUGAGUGAUUUGUUAGACCAAGAUCUUAACUGGGGACGCAUUAUAGCCAUAUUCGCGUUUGCUGGUGCAUUGUCGGUAGACCGAAUGCGGUCGAAUUGCCAUAGGGACGUCGAGAAUAUCCAGGAUUGGACGUGCAAGUUCAUGAGAAAGCACGUGGAACUAUGGGUUGCAAAGAAUAACGGAUGGAAUGGACUGGUAGAAUUCCAAAACAAACCAGAUGAGAAGCAGAAUGGUGGGUGGGGAUCUCUGUUUGUGAGCGCGUUCAGUGCCGCGUGCCUGCGAGUGCUUCUCCCAAGCCAUUGUUAAUCCCAACGUUUAGAUCUCUGUUUUGUAUAUAGCCGUGGACUUGGGGUAUCGUGCAAUCCGAAUGGAUUUAUAAACAUGGCAGCAAAUAGAUGUUCUAGUCUUCAUUUUCUGAACUUUAAUAUACAUGUAUAUGUUUUCAUUAAUCCAUUCCAUUAUUAUAUUGACACCUUAAAUUGUUGUUUCAUCAUUUAAGACAUGAAUGUUGUUGUUUUUAAAAGUUAAAUUUAUCGAAAUUAUAAAAUAAAAUACAAUAACGAG